GCGGCGGUUCGGGAGGAGGAGGAGGAGGAGGCGGCGGGGCCGCCCCCGCCGUGCCCCAUGCGGGCGGCGGGGAGGAAGAGGAGGAAGAGGAGGAGGAGGCGGCAGGGAUGAUGCCCGAGCAGGGGGCCGCGGGAGGGGCGCGGGCAGCCGUGUGGCGGCUGUCGGAGGCGGUGGGCGAACGGCGGCGGGUGCUGGGCUGCGCGAUGGGGGAGGCGCGGCGGCAGCGGCGGCUGCUGCUGGGGGUGGUGUGCGUGGCGCUGCUGCUGGACAACAUGCUCUACAUGGUCAUCGUCCCCAUCAUCCCCGACUACAUCGCGGCCAUGCGUGGCGGGAGGGGAGCGGCGCCACCGGCCGCCCCCGCGGGGGGCAACGAGAGCGGCGGCGGGGGCAACCGGAGCAUCCUUCCAGCGCGGUACCCGCCGGCCACGGGGGGCAACGAGGACGUGCAGAUCGGGGUGCUGUUCGCCUCCAAAGCCAUCCUGCAGCUGCUGGUCAACCCCCUCAGCGGUACCCUUAUCGACCGCGUGGGCUACGAGGCCCCGCUGCUGGCCGGGUUGGCCGUCAUGUUCCUCUGCACGGCCACCUUCGCCUUCGCCGAGAGUUACGCCACGCUCUUCGUGGCACGCAGCUUGCAGGGCUUGGGCUCAGCCUUCGCCGACACGGCUGGCAUUGCCCUCAUCGCCGACCGCUACGCCGAGGAGCCGGCGAGGAGUCGGGCGUUGGGGAUAGCGCUGGCCUGCAUCUCCUUCGGCAGCUUGGCUGCCCCACCCUUCGGUGGCAUCCUCUACGAGUUCGCGGGGCGGCGGGUGCCCUUCCUGGUGCUGGCCUGCGUCUGCCUCCUCGACGGGCUCUUGCUGCUGGCCCUGGCGCCGCCCUGGGCCACCGGAGCACGGGCCAACAUGCCUGUUGGCACCCCCAUCCACCGCCUCAUGAUCGACCCGUACAUUGCCGUGGUGGCCGGGGCGUUGGCCACCUGCAACAUCCCCCUGGCCUUCCUGGAGCCCACCAUCGCCAACUGGAUGAAGGAGUCCAUGGGGGCCAGCGAGUGGGAGGUGGGUCUCACCUGGCUGCCCGCCUUCUUCCCCCACGUGCUGGGUGUCUACGUCACCGUCCGGCUGGCCGCCGCAUACCCCCACCUCCAGUGGUUUUACGGGGCCCUGGGUAUGGCCAUCAUCGGCGCCAGCUCCUGCCUGGUGCCAGCCUGCAGGAAUUUCGGGCAGGUCAUCGUUCCCCUGUGUGGCAUCUGCUUCGGCAUUGCCCUGGUGGACACGGCCCUGCUGCCCACUCUGGCCUUCCUGGUGGAUGUGCGCCACGUCUCCGUCUACGGCAGCGUCUACGCCAUCGCAGACAUCUCCUACUGUGUGGCAUACGCCUUGGGGCCCAUCGUGGCCGGCCAGAUUGUGCACACCAUGGGCUUUGCGCAGCUUAACCUGGGCAUGGGGCUCGCCAACGUGCUUUAUGCCCCUGUCCUUCUCUUCCUCAAAAAUGUCUGCCAGAUGAAACCCUCUCACUCAGAGAGAAACAUCCUCCUCGAAGAAGGACCUAAGGGACUCUACGACACCAUCAAAAUGGAGGAGCGCAAAGGCACGGGCAAAAGCCACCGGCCAGUGGGUGAGACAGAGGAGAAUGGCAUGGACUCCUACCGCAGAGACCUGACAAGGGUGUCCGAGGAAGACUCCUCGGACUAUGAGUACAGUUAGGUUCCCAAGCAAGGCCCAGCCCCAGGAGCAAGGAGGAGCAUGUGGGAGAAAGGGGGAAAGGGGGAUGAAAGCAUCAUUGCAUUAUGUUUCUGUACUGACGUGCAAUAUAUACAGUUUAACCUUUGUCAUGAUGUAAUGGCUUUCUUCUUCUAGACUUAUUUUUAAUCGGUAUUUCGUUCAGCAUUCUGGAAAGGGGGGGAAGGGGAGGGAAAUGGAAAGGUAGGGGGGGUGGAAAUCCUGAAGAAAAUUAUCUGAAUUGGCAUAGAUUUGGGAGGGAUCCUUCAAAAAACCCACCACCACCAAAUAAAACCAGCCUCAUAGCUGGGGUGUAAUUGUGCAAAGUUUUCUUAAGCUGAAACCAUGUGUGACAUACUGUAUAUCUCUGUAAAAUAUAUAAGAAAAGCAAAAAAAGUCUGUGUAAAAUUUUGAAUGGCAUAUUCAGGGACUUGGUAAAUCUUGUGUACAGAUACUUAGAUUUUCAGUUGGUUUCAUAUAUUUAAGAUGAACAGCAACUGUCACAAGGUCUUAUUCUUCUUUGGGAAUAAACUGAAGUAUUGUACUUAUUUUUUUCUCUCUUGUGCUGCUCUCCGGUAAGUGCAAUAUGCUGUGUUAUGUUGAAGUCCAAACUACACGAAUAAUACGAUCCGAAUAAACGGAAUUGA